AUGGCCGGGUAUGGCGCGGAGGAGCGCGGCUGCCCGCAGAGCCUCGAGUACCGGCUCUUCUUCAAGGAUGAGAAAGGAGAAUACAUCUCUCCAUUGCAUGACAUUCCAAUGUAUGCAGAUGCCCACCAGAAUUUAUUCAACAUGGUGGUGGAAGUACCUCGAUGGACUAAUGCUAAGAUGGAGAUUGCAACCAAAGAUCCUUUAAACCCAAUUAAGCAAGAUGUGAAGAAAGGAAAGCUACGUUACGUUGCUAAUGUAUUUCCUCACAAGGGAUACAUCUGGAAUUAUGGUGCUAUUCCACAGACAUGGGAAGAUCCUGGACAUAAAGAUGAAAAUACUGGCUGUUGUGGAGAUAAUGAUCCAAUUGACGUUUGUGAAAUUGGAACCAAGGUGUGCAGCAGAGGAGAAGUAAUUCAAGUGAAAGUCCUUGGUACGCUGGCAUUGAUUGAUGAAGGUGAGACAGACUGGAAGGUCAUUGCAAUCAAUGUUGAAGACCCUGAAGCUGCCAAUUAUGACACUAUUCAUGAUGUCAGGAGGCUUAAACCUGGAUAUUUGGAAGCUACAGUGGAUUGGUUUAGAAGAUAUAAGGUGCCUGAUGGGAAGCCAGAAAACAAAUUCGCAUUCAACGAAGAAUUUAAAGACAAGGACUUUGCAAUAGACAUCAUCAAAGGCACCCAUGACUGCUGGAAAGCUCUAAUAUAUAAAAAGAAAGAGGGGGGAGAAAUGAACUGCACAAAUGCAACGUUAUCAGACAGUCCUUUCCAUUGCAAUCAAGCAACUGCUAAAGCUAUUGUGGAAGCGGUUCCAGUCUGUGGACCUGCCAAUCCAAUACCAACUGAUGUGGACAAGUGGUUUUACUACGAAAAAAAGUGACAUCAAGCCGGAUGUGGCAGUAGCUGCUGU